GUGAGCUUUUGUUCCAUGCACGAGAGAACAGCGAUGGCUCACCGCAGAAGCAGCGGAGAAGUGCGGCCAUACGUGCGUUCUAGCAAGCCGCGUUUCAACUGGACCGGCGACCUCAAGCAGCUCUUCGAAGAUGCCAUGACAGUCCUCGGAGGAACAAGAAAAGCUACGCCUAAACAAAUUAGAGAGCUUUUGAAAUGCCCGCAUAUUCAGCUCUCUCAUAUUAAGAGCCGUCUUCAGAUGUGUAGAAUCCGCAUGGAAGAGAAGGAGAGGAGAUCAGUCUGGAUGGGCUGCUGUGGCUCGACUUAUCCGCAUUCAGAUUGUUGUUAUUUGAGGGAAAAUAUUAUGUCGGAUAUUGUAUGUCCAGAUGAUGAUGUGGAUCACACCGCGCUAUU